GAAACCAAACGGAUGGAUUAAGUCUCAAUCUUCCAUGGAAUGAAGAAGAUUCAGUUGACGAGGGAGCUGCUGCUUGUGGAUUAUUCAAAGUGAGAUUUUUGAAAUUACGAAUAGACCAAUAG